GUAAUAUAACAGAAAGCAUAAUGUUAUAAACUUAUACUCAAUAUUUUAAAAACUGUUACAUAAAAAAUACGUAACGAAUAAUUCGAAUAAUAAUGAUAAAUAAUAAUAAUACACUGUUACAAUAAAGUUUUAUAUGUUACGAGCUAAAAACCUUUUAAAAUAAAAGUACAACAAUAAUAAAUAAUUAUGAUGAUGAUAAUAAUAAUAAACUGUUACAUAAUAAUAAUAACAAUACACUGUUACAUUACAUUUUUUAUGUUACGAGCUAAAACCCUGUCAAAAUAAAAUUCGAAUAAUAAUAAAAAAUAAUAAUGAUGAUGAUGAUAAUAAUAAUAAUAAUAAAUUGUUAAAUACAAAAUACGGCAACGAGCCAAAAACCUGUCAAAAUAAAAGUCUAAUAAUAAUAAUAAUUAUUAUAAUAAACUAUGUUACAUAAAAUUAAAACAGUCACGAGCUAAAACCUUGCCAAAAUAAAAUAAUAAUAAUAAUAAACUAUGGGUUACAUUAAAAAACAAACAUUUAAACAACCAGUAAAACAUUAGACACACAUACUCGUCCUUUAUAAGGCUAUUACUUGUUGGAUGCUCUUCCGUUAUUAUCCGGUCCAACUCCUUUUUAUUUGUUUAGCUCUGUAAAGAAAUUCACCCAAACCCCAUUUAAAUUGUCUACAAAACUAAUUAAAAGCAUUUAAGCAUAAACCUUAAGACUAAAGGAGUUUUAAGAUCACGAGUAACAAGUCAAGAGUGUCCAAACGUUUGACUGGUAUUUUACAUAUCUGUUUAUUUUAAAAUAGAAAGUAAUGCUUUAUUAUGCAAACGUGACGUUAAAACAGCUGGGUGAAGCUGCGCAUGCGUCGCCUCAUGCGGCGUUGCUAUGGUAACAGUCAACAGCUUUGAACCGUUAGGUUGCGUUUGGGAUACUUCUGCUCAAUAACCUUGAGUUUAUUAUGUCAGACGUUGGCUCCGAAGUGUUUGACGACGAGCAAGGGUCCCUGGGGGAGUAUGAGGGAGACAGAAAUGAAGCCGGAGAGAGACACGGACAGGGGAAAGCUGUCCUGCCUAAUGGAGACACUUACCAAGGAUCAUAUGAAUAUGGCAAGAGAUCUGGACGGGGCACAUACAAGUUCAAGAAUGGGGCCCGAUACACUGGAGAGUGGCACAUGAAUUUAAAACAUGGACAAGGUAUAUUUUAUUACCCAGAUGGCUCCAAAUAUGAAGGAAGCUGGGUGGAUGACCAGCGACAGGGUCAUGGUGUUUACACAUACCCUAAUGGAGACACUUAUGAUGGUGAAUGGUUGCUCCAUCAAAGACAUGGGCAGGGUUUGUACACAUAUAAUGAUACAGGUUCUCAGUGCAUGGGCACAUGGAUCAUGGGUAAAAUGGAAUCAGCUGGGGAGCUUAUCCAUCUGAACCACAGAUAUCAGGGCAACUUUGUCAAUAAUAAUCCCUCUGGUCCAGGGAAGUAUGUGUUUAACAUUGGGUGUGAGCAGCAUGGGAUGUAUUUCCAGAUAGAUCAGGAUAAAGCAGAUACAGAGGAAGAAGAGCCUGUCAUGACUACUAUCUUGAAAUGGAAACCCAAGACAGUUACAGGGCUUUCUCUUUGGACCAAUGUGAAAGAUACUGAAACUUCAGAUCAAGGUGUGGUUGAAGAGUGAGAAAGACGACAGACCACCCAAAAGAGAUGAAGAAGACAUGGGACCACUAGUUAAUUACACAUGCACAUACCUGAGACAGUCUCUUCUCAUGUUAAUUAUUUAAUUAUGUAAUGGAUAAUGUACAGUCAGUCAGUCACAACUCACAACACAAAAGUGAUCAGGAUUAGGACUGUACAUUAUCCGGCUAUUACGCGGCUACUUACCGAAUAAAUAAAUAAAUGUACAUAAAAUAUUGA